UCGUGUGUAAUGAAGCAAGAAUUGUAGUGCGUUUGUAUUUCUCAUCGGCGAGGAAUUUGUUUUCCGUUUGUUAUUUUUUGCUGUCCAUACACUGCUAGCUAUCCGCCUCCGUUCGCGUUAUGUCGCCAGCCGUUUGAAGAGCAUUCUGUGAUACGUCUCCGUUUGUGUACUCUAUAUUCAGGCCCAAAAAAUAAGCUACGUUCUGUGCUCCGAUGAUUGUGAAUAACUAAACUACCUGUUUAUUCCACGUUUGUGUGAAUUCGGAAAAAGAAAUUUUCCCUGAAACCAAUCCGUUUUGCACCAUUUUCAACCUCGCGACACUGGGGCCAGAUUGCUGAAGUGUAAAGUGGGAUUUUAUACUAUUCCUGUGGAAAUUUCUUACUGUGAAGCACGUAACGCAGCAACCCACAAACAAGUGCAUCGGCUUGGCACGAAAAUCGUUACACAUCACCCCAAGGCAUCGCUUCGCAUUGUCCCACGAGUGCAGUGUUGCAGUGUACAUUUUUAAUUAUUAUUCCGCAAGUUAAAUGAUUAGAUGCAAGUGAAAAAUGUCUAAAAGCAAAACAGCUCACCCUAAGCUCGACAGUGAUCGUGUAGAAAUUAAGUCAAAGUUUGAUGCUGAAUUCCGACGAUGGUCCGUCAAACGCUCCGAACAGCAUUCCUUCGAGGAGUUUCAGUCGCUAAUCGAGCGGCUACAUAAACUGGAUCGGUCCCAGCUGCUGGUUUCCUACAUCGACCCGCGGGAUAAUGAUCUACUGCCAAUCAACAACGACGAUAACUUUGGCAGAGCGCUCACUACGGCACGUCCAUUGCUGCGGGUGAUCAUUCAGAAAAAAGGUGAUAGUCUGGAGGAGCGAACGGGUUAUGGGACCAUCAGGCCGAGAAAUCUCAUCAGCAGUAUUCUUGGACAAACUCCGGUAAAACCGAAAGGAUUAGCAAUAUCAAAUCCGCAUGAUUUUCGACAGGUAUCCGCUAUCAUCGAUGUGGAUAUUGUCCCCGAAACAUGUCGACGAGUCCGGUUACUGAAGCAUGGCAGCGACAAGCCAUUAGGAUUUUACAUUCGGGAUGGCACUUCGGUGCGAGUGACGGCGAACGGGUUGGAAAAGCUACCGGGCAUAUUUAUUUCUCGUCUCGUACCAGGUGGCCUGGCGGAAAGUACCGGUCUCCUGGCGGUCAACGACGAAGUUCUGGAAGUGAACGGUAUCGAGGUGCUGGGGAAAACGCUUGAUCAGGUGACGGACAUGAUGGUGGCCAACAGCUCCAAUCUCAUCAUCACCGUAAAGCCUGCCAACCAGCGAACUCUCGCUCCACCGCGGCGGGGUUCGUUCUCGCGCAAUAGUCAACUGUCCGGCGGUUCGCACCAGUCGCAGCAGACGACCGGUUCGGAUGACAAUGAUCAGGACGACCAGGACGAGGUGGUGGACCUGAUAGAACCGGUUACGCUCGAGGAAAGUAAUCUCAUCUCGCAAAAGGACGGGGUACUGCAUUUGUAAGUGGUGGGGUUAGUCGGGGACGACCAUCAUAAUCAUCUCCUCGUUAUCUACCGGGCUGGAAGAGUGUGUCAUCGACGGGAAGAAGGAUCCGCUAGUGACGGCUUGAUUGUAAUGAUUCCAUGUAGUAUUCUGUUUAGAUGCGUCUCUGUCUAGAUGCGGGAAAGUUAUCUUUUGAGCGUCCGGUGCAAGUGCAAGUGCCUGGCAGUUAUCCUACUCACGGAUGUCGAAAGUCUGCCCACAUUUUUUGAAAAUUUUGUUUUAUUUGCUGGAAUAAGCAAACCAGCAAACACAGCAACCACAAUUAAUAGAACCGAGUUUCCCACAACUCAAACCAUAAGCUUAAAAGACACGGUGUGACACCACUGUUAACAUAAAUGAACAUUCCAAACCAAGAUUCAAACAUUUGAAAAAGGUUCAAUUAGAUAAACAAUGCAAAAGUUGCUCAGGAGGAACAUCGGGUCAGUUUUUAUAGCCCGCUUCCAGGCUCACGACAUAGAUCGAUCCUCGAUUGUGAUAAACAAAAACAAAUAAAAGGUCAGCCACAGAGCGGGGCGAAUGUUUUUAAACGGUA